AUGACUAUCCCUUAUCCCUUGAUCGGCCCUGAGUCCUACGGCCUUGGCUCCAAGCAGGCGCGCCGCAACCGCAGCACUUGCAGCACCCCUCGCAGCGUUGACAGCAACGUCGUCGAUGCCGCUUUCGCCAAGGAAAUCCAGUCCACCAACGCCUCCCAGGAGCAUUUGGAUUCUUGUGCUAGCAGCAACAAGUCUGAGAAGAAGUGGAAGGCUCGAUUCUCGAGGAAGUUCUUCCACUUCCCUUGA